CUUCAACGAUGUCGUGUUACACUCUCUCUCAUCAUCACCUUUUAGUUCCUCCGACGACCGCCGUACACGGUGGUUUCUAUCAGCGAAGACGUACCGGACGCUGCCCGAGGAUGUCACUCAACAACAACAACCCAAACCGUGAUUCAUCUUACGUGAUGAGCCUAAGUGCACUGACGAACCUCCUCUGGGGACGGUCACUGCCGCCGGGGAUACUCGUCGCCGCCGUGCGCACCGCCUGGAACUCCACGUGGCAGCUCAUGAUGUCGCAGCUCGCUCCGUCCGACUCCUCCGGCGGGUAUUCUAGGCCCGCUUCUAAAUUCCGAUUCUCCGGCCGUCCUACGGGUAGCCUCCACCUCUACGUGGGCCUGCCAUGCCCGUGGGCCCACCGGACCCUCAUAGUACGCGCGCUCAAGGGCCUGGAAGAGGCCGUGCCGGUCUCGGUUGCGUCGCCGGGCAUGGACGGGUCAUGGGAAUUCAAACCGGUUGGUAAUUCGGGCUCGGGUCGGAUUAGCCCGAGUAUGGAUGAGGCGAAUGGGUGCAAGACGUUGAAGGAGGUUUAUGGGCUUCGAAGAGGUGGUUAUGAUGGGAGGUCCACGGUGCCAAUGUUGUGGGAUAAGGAUUCAAAGGAUGUUAUCUGCAACGAGAGCUAUGAUAUUAUUGAAUUGUUCAAUUCCGGGUUAAACGGGUUAGCCCGAAACCCGGGGUUGGAUCUCUCGCCCCCUGAAUUGAAGGGAAAGAUUGAGGAGUGGUAUCAAGUGAUAUAUCCAAAUGUGAAUAAUGGGGUUUAUAGGUGUGGGUUUGCACAGAGCCAAGAAGCAUAUGAUAGAGCGGUAAAUGACUUGUUUUGUACACUAGACAAGUUGGAGGAUCACUUGGCCAAUUCUCGCUACUUGUGUGGAGACACACUCACCCUUGUAGAUAUAUGCCUAUUUACUACAUUGAUUCGGUUUGAUAUUGCCUAUAAUGUUCUUUUUAAAUGUACCAAGAAGAAGUUAUACGAGUAUGUCAGUCUACAUGCCUACAUGCGUGACAUUUAUCAGAUUCCCAAGGUCGCAGCUACUUGCAAUUUCACAGAAAUUAUGGAUGGUUACUACAAAACCCUGUUUCCUCUCAAUCCAGGGAGCAUUAGACCAAUCAUGCCUUCAACUUCUGAGCAUGAAAUCCUUUGCACGCCUCAUGGCAGGGAAUCCCUAUCAUCAUCUACGCCAGCAUUUGUUAAAUAGUGACCCACCUACCAACUCAAAGUUAAAGGUUGACCCUAAAGCACAAAGUAUGAUCUAUUAGCCGUUGGUUCUGUAUGUAAUAGUAUAAUAAUAUGUAGCAUGCAAUUUUAUUUUAUUUUGGUAAUGAAGUGUAUAGUUUACUUUUACUUAAUUUCAUCACGUACUGUUUAUGUAGCCUUAGGGCAUGUUUGGUAUGAUGUAUAAGACCUGGUAAUAUAAAUUUAUACUGUACGUUGUGACAUUUUUAGUUGUUAGUGUGACCAUCGUAUAAUAUAAAUUUAUACAACAGAAUCCUUUAAUACAUCAAAUGAUGUAUAACUUAAUCAAGUCUAAGAGGGUGGGAUUAGACCUGAUAAGGGAUUGAUUUAUUAGGUUAAUCCCUCUCUUCCCCUUCUACCCGUUUCUUCUUCAUCCCCUUUCUUCCCCCAUUCACGUUCACCUCUAACCUUCUCGGGUGAUCGUGCGCUAGCAUUAAAACGUGGGAUAACCCAAACAGAAAAUUAGAGGGGUGAAACUGAGGCAAAACCCAAGACGACGGUGAUACCAACUACUCUCUGCGAAAACGGAAUCGAAGAAGCAGAAGAAGAAGCAGCAGCUUUUUUAAUUUAAAUUGAAAUCAGUUAGGAAAACAAAUUGAGAUUAAAUGCCGUUGAGUUAUGGUGAAAAUGAUCAACGUCAUGUGU